CAAACUCAACACCUCCCAUCACCUAGGAUGGAUAACAGGACAUUAUCACCAUCUUCAGUCAAGUCUGAGCUCGAGGAAAUUCAUAUCGAGUUCCACGAAGACUUCAACUCUCCAGAUGGCGAUAUUGUUCUGGCAGCUCGUGACAGCACACUUUUCUUCCGAGUCCAUUCUUUUGUGUUGAAGACGACAUCUUCCUGGUUUCGCGCCAUGCUGUCUCUGCCUCAACAGCAAAAGGCCAUCGAUGUCAUCUAUAUGGAUGAAGAUCAUGUCACACUAGAACUACUCUUGAGGAUGAUUUGCGGUCUCCCUGUUUCCCAAAUCACCGACUAUGACACUGUCGACAGCAUCCUGUUUGCCGCAGAGAAAUACGAAAUGGCAGGGCCUAUUUCGAUCCUACGCCUCCUCGUGAUGACCCCGCCUCUUAUGAACAACGCAUUCCGCCUGUACACAAUCGCCUGUCGCUAUAACUGGCAGGCCGAAGCGCAACUUGCUUCGACCCAAACUUUAACUCAUAAUCUUCAUGACCCAGAAUUGCGUCCACUGCUACGCCGACUGUCGACGGAUGCUCUAUUGAACCUGUUGGAGUUGCACCACUCACGCAAGGAAGCGCUGCGAGAUCGACUGAACAAGCCUCCGUUUGUGCCUUCGGACAACAUCUCUCCCACUCAAUGCAACGCCUGCCACUGUUCUAUUGAUUAUCACACAUGGCGCGAACUCAAAUACCGAAUUGUGUCGGAGAUGGAGGUUCGCCCUGCCGGAGACUCAAUCGUCAACAUCGGCCUAACAGACUGGCCUGAAGCCAAAGCAUGCUGGACUGCCAAGUGUACAAAUCGAGCCUGCAAUCGAGCAUUGUACGACGAGUUGCCGACCCGGGACAUAAUUCGUCAAGUCAUUGACGAGUUACCCAAAUCACUCUAG